CAUGUUGAAAUCCACUGUUUAUUGUUUGCGGCACCCCGCACCCGUUCCCGUCUUUAUCACGAUUUAUCUGUAAAAUUCUUUCAAUUGGCAUUAUAUCGCCACCUGAAAAAAAUGUGCGAUGAUAGGAGAAGUGAUUUUUGAUACGUAAAGAUGCUUUUCCGGUAACCACUCGGCCAAAAUUCUACAAAAAUUGCUAGCUGCUCUUGUAAUGGCUACCUCUCGCGUCCCCCCGUUCUUGUUGGUAAUGACAGUGAAUAUUUUCACGUGAUAAUUUUGAAAAUUCGGACUUUUCGAAAUCGCGGGUUCACCUAUGUUACUUGACUUUUUAUUUUUAUUGUCACUACUGACAUGAAUAGUGAUAAUCAGGGUGUCCUGUCAGGGCACAAUUCGGCGAAUUCAGAGAAUUCUUCCCAAAGACCUCCACCCACAACAUCAGUACCUACUGACUUGAGAGUCAAUACUACAGCUUUAAAUGCAGUAGCACUAAGCAGUGUUGCAAAAUACUGGGUACUGACCAAUCUUUUACCAGGCCCUAUCCCACAAGUGUCAGUAUAUGGCUUGCCAGGCACCAGUAGGGACAACCAGGGUAAAAUUCCACAGGAUGCCGCGAUGCUCAGUCAGCACGGCAUCUUGCCGACGGACCCUUCGCUUCUCCUCCAACAGCAUGCUCAGAUACCCGUUAGCAUCUCCACGUCCCAAGGGAACAUCAGCAUCCCAGCAGGCGCGAUUCAGUUGGAGGGGACUCAUAUCAACCCCAAUCAACAUCAGAAUGAUGCUAUGGCGGCUCAGAAUCAGAUGACUCGAGACAUUAGGAUGGCUCACACCCAGCAACAGGCACCUCAGCAAGCUCAACAUCAGCAGCAGCAGCAACAACCACCUCAACCACAUCAGCAUGGCAGUCAACAACCUCAGCAACAGAAUAUGGUUCAAGUUCAGUUGCAGGCUGGCCAGUUACAAAUGACAGGCGAUAAUCAAUUGAAUCAGCAACAGGCCCUGACAGUGCAACAGCUGCAACAGUUGCAGGUGCAGCAAGUUUUAGACAAUGUGGUGAGAUUUGAGAACUCAUUAGAGACGAACCAAAACCAGUUGAAUAACCAAGCGUUUCUAGUUCAGUUCGAAAAAGCGCUACAAAACUACCGGCCUGUCAUAUCUGGAGCGUUGUCUGGUUUGCAGGACCUCAAGGCUAACAUGAUGGACGUGAGAACAGCCGAUGGCAGCAUCGUCAAGAUACAAACCAACAUCCAAGAGCAAGAGUUGGUCAAGACUCUCGGGGUAGAUAUUGUGCAGAACAUGUAUAAAGUCAAUGUGGAUGAUCUGAAUCAUCUGUUGGCGUAUCAUGAAAUUUUCGGAAAGCUACAGGGUAAUCAAGGCGAGGUGGCGAACAAUAACCAGAACCUACAACAAGCUUCUACAAACAACAAUAACAACAACAACAUAAAUUUGCAACAAAACACAACGCCAAGUCUUGCCAUUAUCACUAAAGAUGAACAAGAAGCUUCUACAAGCAAUGUUACCACUGACACCACCAACUCGGUGGGUAAUCAUGUAUGUGAUCUUUGUGGAAAGAUCUUCCAGUUUCGUUACCAGCUCAUCGUUCAUAGGCGUUACCACACUGAAAGGAAACCAUUCACGUGUCAGGUAUGUGGCAAAGCCUUCACGAAUGCCCAAGAGCUCACUAAGCAUGGUAAAUGUCACCUAGGCGGCAGUAUGUUCACUUGCGCCAUAUGCUUCCAUGUUUUCGCCAACGAUGCGUCUCUGGAAAGGCACAUGAAAAGGCAUUCGACGGAUAAACCAUAUGGAUGUUCUAUCUGCGGAAAAAGCUUUGCGAGGAAGGAGCAUCUGGACAACCAUACGAGGUGUCAUACUGGAGAAACUCCUUACAGAUGUCAGUUUUGCGCAAAGACGUUCACUAGAAAGGAGCACAUGGUGAACCACGUGCGAAAACAUACUGGCGAGACACCUCAUCGAUGCGAAAUCUGUAAGAAAUCCUUUACGAGAAAAGAACACUUCAUGAAUCAUGUCAUGUGGCAUACGGGAGAAACACCUCAUCAUUGUACUAUAUGUGGCAAGAAAUACACCAGGAAAGAACACCUCUCGAAUCAUAUGAGGAGCCAUACAAACGACACGCCGUUCAGAUGUGAGAUAUGCGGCAAAUCGUUUACGAGAAAAGAGCACUUUACAAACCACAUAAUGUGGCAUACGGGAGAAACGCCCCAUCGUUGCGACUUCUGCUCGAAAACGUUCACCAGGAAGGAGCAUUUGCUGAACCACGUCCGGCAACAUACGGGUGAGUCUCCGCACAGGUGCGGCUUCUGCGCCAAGUCGUUCACUAGGAAGGAGCACUUGAUCAAUCAUGUCAGGCAACAUACAGGUGAAACCCCAUUCAGAUGUAACUACUGCCCGAAAGCAUUUACCAGAAAAGACCACCUGGUGAAUCAUGUUAGGCAGCACACUGGAGAAUCUCCGCAUAAAUGCCCGUACUGUACAAAGUCUUUUACCAGAAAGGAGCAUCUGAACAACCAUGUUAGGCAACAUACAGGAGAGUCGCCUCACAGGUGUCAUUUUUGCUCCAAGUCAUUCACUAGGAAAGAACAUCUGACCAAUCACAUUCGGAUACACACUGGUGAAACGCCAUUCAGGUGUACCUACUGUCCAAAGGCGUUCACUAAGAAAGAUCACCUGGUCAACCAUGUUAGGCAACAUACAGGAGAAACACCGCAUAAGUGCACGUAUUGUUCAAAAUCGUUCACUAGAAAGGAGCAUUUGAAUAAUCACGUGAGGCAACAUACUGGAGAGUCACCUUAUAGAUGCCAUUACUGUUCAAAGUCGUUUACUAGGAAAGAGCAUCUCACCAACCAUGUGCGGAUACAUACGGGUGAAACGCCAUUCAGGUGCACCUACUGUCCGAAGGCGUUCACCAAGAAAGAUCACCUAGUGAACCAUGUUAGGCAACAUACGGGAGAAACUCCACAUAAGUGCACGUACUGUUCAAAAUCUUUCACGAGAAAGGAACAUUUGACCAAUCAUGUGAGACAACAUACUGGGGAGUCACCUUAUAGAUGUCAUUUCUGUUCUAAGUCGUUCACUAGAAAAGAGCAUCUGACCAAUCAUGUCCGGAUACAUACCGGGGAGUCACCUCACCGAUGUGAAUUCUGCCAAAAGACAUUCACCCGUAAAGAACACCUGACCAACCAUCUGCGUCAACAUACAGGCGAGACGCCACACUGCUGCAACGUGUGCCAGAAGCCCUUCACCAGGAAAGAGCAUCUGGUGAAUCACAUGAGGUCGCAUACGGGCGAGAGACCUUUUGCGUGUGGAGAAUGUGGAAAGGCGUUCCCUCUGAAAGGCAACCUGCUCUUUCACCAGCGGUCUCAUAACAAAGGGGCGGCAGCUGAAAGGCCGUUUAGAUGUGAUCUGUGUGAAAAAGACUUCAUGUGUAAAGGUCACUUGGUAUCUCACAGGAGAUCUCACAUCGGAGACAGGCCUCACGUUUGCCCAGAUUGCGGGAAGACUUUUGUGGAGAAAGGGAACAUGUUGAGGCAUAUGAGGAAGCAUACUGAAAAUGGACAGGGUCAACCAUCGCAAGCACCCAAUCCAGUGGUGCAGCCCGGCCAGCCCCAGCAACAACCCCAGACACAGAAUCAGGCACCCCCGCAAUCCCAGAACAACCAGCCGAACCCCGGCAACAUCCAGAUACCCCAGGUGCCAGUGGUGACUCAACCCCAGCCGCAGCCUACGGUGGUACAGUCCCCUCACAUCCAAAUGCACCAGACGGCCCCCCACCCUGUAGUUGUGCCGACGGCUAAUGGAAAUGUUCUCACAUCCUAUUAGGGUAGUCUUCCGGUUUUCCCAGUGAAUACUUACGAUUACAGAAGGUUCGAUAUGAGAUAGAUUAUGUGCGGAGACAAGACAAAUUAGAGCUUUAGGUUAUUUCUUCGUUCUUGAGCUUUGCAUAUUGCUAAGUUCCUUUUUUGUGUUUAAUCAAACUCUAGAAGCUUCAUCAAUUAGAGCCAUUGCCAUAGGCAAAAUUCUAGGGUAGUAGUGCACUUAUCCUCCACAUUAUCAGCAUCCCUUUUCUGUUGUAGCUCUGUUUAAACCUAGGUUCCUAUUUCAGGUAGGGGAGUGUAUGCUGAUGCAUAGAUAUUGUUGUGACAUUUUCGUUCAAAAUUUUGUUUGGCAUUUUUGUUAACAGAUUCAAUCAGCCUUCAGAUGUGACAGCUGAAUUUGAUUUAUUUUGACAAUGGCAUAUUGUAAACAAUGAAUAAUAAAACCCGGUGCCAUUAUCCGUCGGCGUCCGGAAAAGUGACACUUUCCAAACUGAAAUGCGUGCGGAAAAGUGCCACUUUAAGAGAUGAAAAUACACCCCAUUUGGUACUUAUUAAGCCACAUAUACCUUAUUACAAAGUCAAACCGUUUUUAAGUUACGCGCAAUUGAAUGAAAUCCCAAAAGGCCAAAAUCAUGCGACCAUCGCUUGUUCAGUUUUCUUAUUUUUAUCACCUAUUUUAAUCUAAGAUCUCCCCAUACAGAUUCCAGCUUAUCAAAAUGUCGCGUACACAAUACAAAAAAUAAAGUCGGUUUACUGAAUACCUAGUUUUUCACUGCUUCGUGGCUUUUCGCGAAGCACUAGAAAAGCUAUUCAGUAUACCAAUUUUAUUUUUUAUAAAUUGUAGGCGAUAUUUCGAUAACUUGCGCGUAACUCAAAAACGCUUCGACUUUGUAUGUAUAUCCUCCUGAGUCCCGAGUCUCGUCAGUUUGUUAUUUUUUGGAAAAAAAUGUGUAUUCGUCAUACUUUUUACAUAGAAACAACACAUGUUUUUUUCAAAUUUUUAUUUUUUUAUUUUCACACAAAAAAAUGCUGUCCAUUUAAAUGGACAACAGUACGUAAUCUAUACAAAAUUAUUUCAAGUGAAACUCCUUAAAGCAGUUCUGCCAAACUAUGUUGAGGGGCUUGGUCACGCCUCAGUGUUCAUACACCACUUACGCUUGAUAGGCUUGUGGUACUAGCUGAAGUUAGCUCCAAACAUGGUGGAGCGCCAUAAUCGUCAUAUUGAGUAAUAAGUACUUCCCAUUCAAAUUGGGGAUUGGGCGAAAGAUUUUGCCCGUCUCGUUUUGUAAUUGAAGCCUCAAGCAUCCAUAUGUGGCAGCACUUCAUUGCAUAUGCAAACUGCUUGAGAUGUUGCUCUUGACCUUAACUUAUAUAUGUAAGUUGUAAACUCGUGAGCUGUUAACAUUGAUGCUCUUGCGUAUUGAAGAAAACUUCGAAAUACGCGAGUUCUUGAGUAUUUGGUGAAUUCAUCGGAUGAGAUUAAAUUAAGCUUCGCUGUAGCUAUCUCAUGUAAUUCAGUUCCAAAUAACAUAAAGACUAAGUCUUUAAAGGUCUUCUCGCCACUAUAUCCGCGUACAUCAGUUGUUAACUCAUGCACGUACCUUCUCACGUUUUGAAACGGAGCUACCACAAUCUGCUGAUCUUCAUACUCAAUUCUCAUCUUUUGAACCAGGUUCUUAAACCAUAGCUUCUUGAGAGUUAACCUGACAAUACUUUGUUUCUCAGGUGAUCGAUACUGCAUCAAUUGUAAUAGACGUUGAAUUUUCCUGUGCCCCAUACAUUCUACAUCCCAUCUAUCAAUGGGCACGGGUGGUUUCAGCAUACUUGCUAAACUACGCGCCUCGCUUAUUAAUUGCAUGAUCUCACGACGCAACGCCAUAAUAGCAUGAAUGCGUAGAGGUCUAUCGGGCAUAGGGAUGUCUCGUAAGGUAGUUGGGUACCCCUCCUCACUGUCAUCUUCACUAUCAGUGGGUAUCUGUGUACUAGUAGAGUUGCUCCUUGUCAAUGGAGGAGCCAGAUUAUCAUCACUCUCACUUUCAAAAUAAGCGACAUCAAAUGAACGCUCUGACCCUACUGAUGAGCGAGGAGACAUAGUGCGCAUCAGCUGCAACUCGUCGGGAGUGCGCUCGACAUCACUAUAUAUGACUUGUGGUACAUUGUACUCAACAUUCACACGGCUGUCCAGUUUAUUAUGUGACUCCAACUUUUCCUGACUAGAUAGCUGCUGACUAAUUUCUAAAUCAUCAUCUACUUUAGUCAUAGGCUUAAAGUUAGUUAACAAAUCAUCAUAAUCAUCGUCCCAUCCAUCUAACAUUGGGUCUAUGAACGGCAUUUCUUGAUCACUAUCCAUAAUCUGUUCUGUUGUUUCCUUUGGACGUUUUAUGCACGUGUAAGUAUAUAUAUAUCUAUACUUCAGUUGGUCGUUCGCUGAACGGUAUAACACCUUAUAUUGAAAUAAAUUUCUUUAAACCAGACAAAGGAAAACAUCGCAAAAUUCAUAAAACACUUUUGUUUUUUGUUUACAACCUUGAUUUUUGCAUCUCAUGGAGUUCUUCAAAUCGGAGGCUAUUGCCGGAAAGUGUUCGAUUGGCUUAUUUUUUUUGUAAAAAACAACUUUGGGAUAAUGGUCUAGGACCUGAAGAGCUCCUAGUAGCUAAUGUUGAAAUGCCUGUUGAAUAGUUUUCAGACUUAUCACUCUUCAAUAAAAGCUCUGCUACAGCGACUUUAAAUUCAAGGAACUUCAUGAUGUUUCUGUCCCCAAGUUUUUGCCUAUCAUCUCGAUAAAAUAUCCAGGAGUUUGCAAUUGCCACGUCGAAUAGAUGGAAAAUCGAUUUAACUGUCCAUUUCUUACUUCUUGCUCCUAUUCGAUAGUAGCUUAUCAUCCUAUCCAUUAAAUCAAUCCCGCCCAUGCACUCAUUGUACUUAUUGACUAUGUUCGGCCUAGGUACGUGUAGAUAUUUUGAAUCUUUCUUUGACCAACGUCUGCAGUCAUCCGAAGGUUCUAUUUGCAGAGAAGUUGAGGCUAAAAUGACUGACUUCAUAUCAUACCAUUGUACAAUGUUAAUUUUUCCAUCACAUCUUACAUCCUGUUCGGAGGAACCACUUCCUAUUCGAGCCAUCAUAGUAUCGGAUGUUAAGUUAGCUGCUUUUGGCAGUCUAGAUUUAAUUAUUGUGCCAGUCAGUAACAUCUUUUUAGUAUUUAACAUGUACUCGAUAAGUGGUAGGGUAGUGAAAUAUCUGUCCACGUAAAUGUGUGUUCCUUCUAACAACGUUUCACUCAAUUUAACAAUGGCAGAUGGACCCACUCCCAAAUUUGUAACUUUGUUAUCAAGGAAAGUAUUUUUCCUUGAUAAAUUUCGAAGUCCAAUACCAAGCCUUUGGGAGUAGCACAAACAAAAUUUUUCAACCCUUCUGGGUUAGGCUUGCCACGAACAAAUUGUUUCAUGUGGCACAUUCCAGUGAAAGGAAUCAUUUGUUCGUCGAUAGCAACCUCCUGACAUCGAGGGAGUGAUUUGCAACCUUUUUUAAUCCGAUCAAUCAGAGGACGAAUUUUGAAGAGCUUAUCAGCCUUUUUCUCAUUUUCCGGAACAUCAGCAUCGAUUACUACUUUCAAGUUACUCCUAAUUUGGAAAUAUCUGUCACGUGUCAUCAAAUUAGCAAUACUAUUAACCUUUGUCGUUUUAGCCCAAUACAUUUUAAUUUGGGGAUACUUAAGACAAGACAUCAAAACUGAAAUACCAAAAAAAUGUCUCACUUCUUCGGCUGUCAAGUUCAUAGGCUUGCCUUUCUCCAGAAGGAAUCUAACGUUUGUACAGUGGCAAAUAUCUAUAAAGUCAGAAUCGUCAAAGUACAUGCUGAUGUAAUUUUCUAUUUUCCAGUCUCGCCUUUCGUAGGUUGUGUCUUCAGGCUCAGAAAAUCUGACAGCUGGAGGAACAAACAUGCCCAUCUUUUUCCAUACUUGCUUACCGUCAUUGGUAGAUUUUUCUUGAAGGAGCUUCUUCCUCGGUUUACUCAGUGGCUCAUCUUCUGAAUCACUCUCAGACAGUAGUUCUGCUUCUGGAUCUUGAACUGAAGGAUCCUCGUCUUCAUGUCUCAGAUCAGGAAAAUCUUCAUCUGACGCAAUGUCUUCAUAUUCGUUUUCUGAGUAAGAUUCCGACAGGUCAGACAGUUCCAGACACUGUAGCAAUUUUUCAUCAUCUUGGCCAGGAAUUAAAUGAGUCUUGUUUCCGAAAAUAGCUGAAGCAAAAAAUCAAAAAUGGUAAAAUAGUGUAGGCUUAUUGACCCAACGUCCAUUGAAAUGGACAUAGACCUUUUCGGCACCUAAUACAAAGACAAAAAAAAAUUGAAAUAUUUCAAACACUCAGAUGCAUGCAUUACACAUUAGGCUACAUGAUAGUUACAAGCAAUGCAGUAUUAACUCCAUAAUUUUAAGUACUUACCAUCAAUUUUGGAGCUCCAAUGUGAUGCCAUUUUACCACGUGCUCAUAGUCCCGAUGAUCACUAGUAAAUGUGCCUGAACCAAGCUGCAGCGAUGUUGCCACGUAGGCGUGUAUGUCCACUAAAAUGUACCGAGGACUAGGCGCUGUAAUUCUGUUCUUUGCGAAAAUAUACAAUAAAACGUGAGUGUCCAAUUAAAUGGACACUGGGUCUCAGGAAGAUAUAUAUAUAUAUAUAUAUAUAUAUAUAUAUAUGUAUAUAUAUAUAUGUAGAUUCUGAUGGAUCGGUCCUCCACUCAUGGGCUUUUUAGAGUCGAUAGGUCCUCCGCUCUGAUAGGUCCUCCGUAUAAGGAGGACCUAUCGCAAAUUCCACCUAUCGGCCCCUCAGGCCCCCCUCUGUCA